AUGGUCUUCAAUCGUCGCAAGAGAAGUGCCUCUGUCCAUCACCAGCCACUCUCUUCACCCGCCGCGCAGUCUGCGCAGUCCGCCGCCAGCCAUGCUUUCCUAAAAUCCCAACCCUCCUCAGCCAGCUUGUCUUCCGCAGCAGCGGCAGCAGCGCUCCGAAACUCCACGCCUACCCCAACCCCCAUCGAAAAUGUCCAGACAAAACGCAUGGUCCAGCGACGUAGCUCCACCCAAUCGCAGGUUAACCCUGUUGGCGCUCGGCGCUCAGCCAGCGUGGGUGGAACGCUACGCCGCUCCAGUAGCAAUGGUUCAAUGAGCGCACGCACCUUUCGCGACCAGUCCCCUCAUCGCCCAGCUACCAGCUCCGGACCGGUUGGACCCCUCCCUGUUCCCGUCGAUGUGCCACCCUUACCUGCUGUCCCGACUCAGUAUACACCGCGGAAACUGCCAACUCGGCGUGCACUGAGUAUGGAGCCGUCGAUUCGUUCGCCUCCAUCGUCUCCUCCGCGCGCUGGGCCGAGGGGCGUGGAUCGGGAACAUGGGCGAGGGUCUCCGAUUCAGCUAGCUACGCAUCAACGUGUAACCGGUCUUGGGGCUGUUCCAGAAUUGGAACGAUCAGCCAGUCGAAAUUCGGUGAAUUUCUCGUACCCCCUAGGCUCGCGACCUACAUCGCCGAUUGCGAUACCUGAGAAUAAUCCGAUGAGCCUCCACGAUGCUAUCCAAGAAUCGAUUGCUGACGUAUCUGACAAACAUCCAAUGGGGAAGCCUAGGGCACAGGCCUCAAGCCGUCUACAGGGAAGCCCUAUUGUAAACAAAUCCGGUCCUUUAGCGGGCACCGCAGUUGUUGGAGCCCAAGCGGCUGGCGUGCCAAAGGGCAGCUCCAGUGCGGAUGUUCGGGCUGGAAAGGUGCAGAAUUCGCUUAUAGAGGCCGAUCCUCUAGAGCAAUACACCGGUAACGCAGUGCCUGCUGUGGCCAGCGUGGAACGUGAACACCCCUCCUCCCGACCUCUUCCUGCGCGGUUGCCAUCUACUGUCCAAGAAGAAGAAGAGCCCCGUGAUAGGGACACAAACGUCAAAGAUAUCAGCUUGCGACAAGGGAGCGACCGGGUAACGAGUGCAUCACCAACUGCUGAUCACGUAGAGGCAGUGCCGGUGCCCUCAUCACCCUCGACGGAACUGCAAAUAGGGCAGCAGCCACAUCGUCAGUCGAGCAGCCCAGGUCGAACUGCUCGAUUUUCCAGGUUGCUCUCCGUGGCUGGAGCCGGCGAUCAAGUACACCAGCCUCCGCCUAGAUCAGUGUCUCCUGUCAAAUCAGCCUUGAAACACCCAAGAGGAACCUCUUUAUCGCCUAAUAGGACGGUUGAGGCCACCGGUCGAGUUCUGCAGUCGAGCGAGUUAUCAGAUGGUACCUCAGUGGCAUCAGACGAAGGAUCUCGGGUAGAUACCAAGAAGAAGUCUGCCAAGGUCAGUUUCGAUGAUGAGGCCGAAAUUGUCAAUCCAGCAGCCAGUCCUCCUACCUCGCCGGAAGAUUAUAUGCCUGAUUCACCAUCCGGUGGUAAAGCAAAGUCUCGUAUGAGUUGGCUUGGUGUUGGCAAGAAGAAGUCGCCCACGGAAUUCGCGAGCGACGAUGACUGGGAUGUAGUCAUGAAGCCUCGACAAGUUCUUCCAUCUUUUGGUAGCAUUAGAGGUAGCCGGGGGGGCGGUCUUGAGAGAUCGCCAAUCCCAGAUUUCAGUGACAAUGAGUCCAGCUCUUCGACUGAAUCUGAUAUGGCGUCAAGGUCGGGUAUAUCGCCUUCAAAUAGCCACCCUGUCAACAGUUUACCACCUAAGACACAACAAGAUGAAUACCUCCACAGACGCGACUUGAGCGCUCUGGAGCAACUAUCUGUCAACGGCACUUCGCAUAAACUGCAUUCCGAUAGCAGCCUAGGAGCCAAACGAGCCGCCAGAUCCACAGAUGACAUCGCUGAGAAAGAUCCGAAUUCCAGCGCGGGCUCAGGACUAUGUGUGCCUGCUAUUGCUGUCGAACCUGCUACGCCCCCAGCAGACGAAACCAAAGAAAGUUUCGACAUGAAAAGAUCUAGCUUAGACCAGUACAGGAUUCCGGGCGAAUUUCCGCCCUCUACCUCCGACCGCAGUCUCGAUUCGACUGCGAAGAAGGCUAACACCCAAGCCGUGGCGAGCGCCGUGCCAAAGCUGGACGACUUGGAUGCAGAGGAGUCAUCUGGUGAUAGCAUCUACAGCGAUGCCGCGGAAGAUAUUGACGGUGAUGGGUUUGGAUCCAUCAAUGCUAUCGUCGAUAGUCGGUCAGCCCCUAGGUCAGCACCAAUUGAAGGGAAUGCGAGCGAAUCUCGGGAUGCAACGCCGAGGCCUAUCGACAGAGCCGCCAUCGUGGAUAGUAAGUCACAAGGUGUGACAGAUCAACCACUUGAGGAUGCCCGCUGCAUGACUCCGACCCAAGACUCGGUCAACCGCCUAGUAGAGGAAUCCCCUGCCUCUUCGGUUGGCUAUGGACUUGGUUAUGCACACCCGCCGAUGCCAGCCGAUUUGCAAACUCGCAUUGCGACAGCUCAAAAUGGUAGCGUCCAAGCACAACCCACUACACGCACCCGCCCUAUGUCGGUGGAUGUGAAUGGCACGUCUCGUAUGCAGGAUCCUCGGUGGUCGAGCAAUGAUAAUUCCCCACAAUUUGGCAAAGCCAAACAGCGCCCACUCUCUCUUGGUCCAAAUUUCCACAAUCCAGGAGAUCAAUCUGGUAUUCCUGGCGCUCUUCGCCGGAAAAUGUCGAAUGGAAGUGAUUCUUCAAGCAGCUUCAAACGCUCUUCUCCGCGUGGAGAUCCCCAUUCCUUGCGCCGGACAAUGAGAGCCGGUGGUGCUGGUGCUGACGUCCGAACGCAAGCCGCAGCAGAACGCAACGAAUCUCCCCUUGAACAUCGCCCUCUUUCAUCUGGCUCCUCGAAUGGCACAAUGCGUAAGACUCUCCGAGGACCAGCCGGAGGUGAGCGAUAUUCGUUUUUCUCAACGAACAAGAAGGCACCAACGAGAGCGAAAUUCACCAAGGCGCCCCCUAAGUCGGCGCGCACAACUCGGUUUACAAAUUCAGAUGGUGAGGACGAAGCCCGACCCCAGGUCUUCAGAAGUCGAUUCGCAGAUUCCAGUGAUGAAGAGCCCGGAAGUAAUAAGUUGCGCCCUGUCCGCGGUAUCCCCCGUCGCCAAGGUGCCGACGACGGCGACUCGACAGAGUUAGAAGAUAGUUCGGAAGAGAGCGCCCGGUACCAAGCACAACCGGUGCUUGCAUCCCAGCCAAUGGCCUCUUCACCCAGAGCUCACAGGAAAAAUGCACCAAAUAUGUCUGGAAUGGCCGCUGUGGCCAAACAACGCGGCAUGUCGCAGAGAGACUUGGAGGAGUUCAUCAUGGCGCCUCCCCGUGGUCGGAAGGCAGGACUUCUCACCCGGCUUGGCAUCAAGAAACCCAAGAACUCGGAUAAUCGAGCUCGCGAAGCUGACGUCGAAAGCCCCUCGCGAAGAGACAUUCCCUUAGAGCCAUCACCUCUGGAACGCGAUCAAUUACGCAGCGAGGGCCUGGUGAAUGAAAAUCGCGGCAUCACCACAACCACAGUUUCUGCCGGGAACCCUGAGCCGACUCGCCCAUCCAGGCUGGUGAAGAGAAACUCUAAACGCCAGUCGACAGGAGCAAACCCUUGGCCGCUCCAUUCCGGUGCCAAGGGAGAAGACCCUCUACAGCCAGUCGCGGAACAGCCAGACAACGCUUCGUCGUCUCUUUUCCAAGCGCAGGAGUCCGCGCCGCCAGCAGAGGGUGCAGGCGCAGCACACAGUCGUGGCGCCCUUGUCAAUGGGAAUGGCGCUCACAGUACAUCCCCGAUUACGAAGGAGCCCGAAGUACCCCGCGACGGACCAGAUCCGAACGAUGACAGCACUUCUGAGUUCACAAACCCCGAUGACCAUGGUUCUUCUGCGCGCGACGUCGUGAUAGCUGGCUCUGGACGAAAGAAACGAUUCCCUCUUCUUCGGAAGGCAUUCGGUUUGCGCGCUUGA